AUGAGGUCUUCUUCUUCACCUUGUCUUGUGUUAUUCAUGUGCCUUAUGCUCCUCCUGAGUUUGUCAGCUGGUGCGUACAAGAACUACACCGUGGGAGAGUCCACGGGAUGGUUUGAUAUUCAGGAGCGACCCUCUGCAAACUUUCAGAAAUGGGCCGAUUCCAAAUCCUUUUCUUUGGGUGAUUUCCUCAUUUUUAACACAGAUAGCAACCAUUCGGUGGUGCAGACGUAUGAUUUCAAAACCUACAAAGAAUGUGAUUACAACAAUGGUGAAGACAAUAGUACAAUAGAGUGGUCAGCUGCAAAUCCUUCAUCAACAUCUCCAGUUCCGGUCACAGUAAAUGUUCCUCUUGUGAAAGAAGGUUUCAAUUAUUUCUUCUCAGGAAAUUAUGAUGGAGAACAGUGUAAAUUUGGACAGCAUUUUAAAAUAAAUGUGACACAUGGGCAAGGCCUACCUGCUUUAUCAUCACCAGAUGAUGAUGAUGAGACGGCUCCUGGACCAGGCAAAUCCUCUCAGUCCGGUGAUGAUGAUGAGUCUGCUCCAGACACCAUCGUUCCCGCCAAUUUCGACCAUCCUAAAGAUAUUGAGAGUGAUGAUGAUGAUAAUAUGGUUAAGGGUAGUAAGAGUUCCUCUUCCAUCACAAAAUCUAAUUUGUUUUGUUUAGUUGUUGUUAUGGCUUUGCUUGCAUCAAUUUGA